GGGGGCCGCUUUAGGGGGGUUCCCGACGGACGGCGGGCAGCAGAGGAAUGGACGUGAAAUGCAUUUUGUGGAUGGACAGAAUUUCAGUGCUAUUAUAUGGCGGAAGUUACAGUCCUUGACGUUUUCAGUAAAACAUCCUUUAUGGUUUGCAGACUGAGGAGAAGCCUCAGGAGUGAACUGGUGUCCAGUUUUUGUUUUUGUUUUAAAACUGUUGAAGCAUUGUAUGGCUAGAAGUAUAGUAGCACAUAAUCUUACACUGUCACCAUUAAUGUUGAGAAAAUUAUUCAACUAAUUGAUUAUAUAAGCCUGCAGGAAAAAUUAUCUGUCAACAGAUUUUUUCACUCUUGAUUAAUAAUUUAAGUCAUUUAUCAAUGAAAAUACCAAACAAUUAAUUCAGAAGUGACAUAAACUGGCAAGAAAGAAAGAACAGUGGAGUUUAAAUGUCUGCAGAUACAAAGGAAACUCCUCAACGUAUUGUGAUAUUGGUGACAGUGCGACACAUCUAUAUCACAUAGCAUUAGUUUAACAUAGAAUAUUAAUAACACAUUGGUUGGCUAUGAUGUAACUCAAUAUUGUUUAUCUGAGCUUCCUAAAAAGAAAAAUUGUGUCUUAAAAAUGUUUCCUCAGUUUAAAUUGUUGAUGAGUUUGAUAUCAGGCGCUGAGAGUCAAUGAGUGGGGGUUUUGUAUUGUAGACUCACCAGAUUAAUCACACUUGAACCAGCAUUUAGUAAUAGAGAGAGAGAAACUGUAAGAUGAGUGUCUCCCUCAAGAGCAGCUAAUGUUUUCGCAUUUUGGGUAAAGGGGUCGCAUUUUCCUUUUAGGUUUAACAGUUUUUCUGUGAAAUCUAAAACCACACCUGUGAGUCAUCAUUGUACUGUAUUAAAUAUGACAAAACUUGCUAUAUUAUCUGCUCUGAUUUGGCCUAAAAUGUAACUUAAGUCUUGGACUAAAAUUAAAAACCCUUUCAGUUGUCUCAUGAGAGAGUGCUGUAAGCAGAGAUAAGAGGCCAUUGACUAAGCAAGGUACCCUUUUACUGUAAUAUAGUUAUUUACUGAUAUUGGGAUUUCCUAAUUCAUUGUAAAUUCAUGGGGUGUAAGAACAGGUGUGGGUUUUUCUGUGGUUAUUUUUUCUUUUUAGAUACACAGGACUCUGCCACACUGUAAUGAAACAAGAAGUAAAGGUUAAAUGAGGUAGAAAGGUUAAACAAGGUUUCCCCUUCACAUCAAGCAUUUUUAUGAUAGAGACACAAAGGCAGAUGGAAAAAUCGACUCAGUUAACGCUGAACCGAUGAUUUUGAGGAUGUGAAAGUUGAUGUGUCGUCACUGUACAAGUUUGGGGAACCCCUCCAUGAUGAACCAUUAAGAAUGAGUCACGAUCAGGGAUCGGACGUGGGCGUAAGAGUGGCCAUGGGUGUCCCCUUUAUGACUGGUUUCACCAGGGCUCUCCCGAUGGUGCAACAUUCAGCACCAACGCAAGCAUCAGCAAGGUUUCCAUUGAAACAUUUCGAUGUGGUGAAGGCUGGUUUGAUAAAGAGAAUCAAACAGCUUCUCAUAUGAAAUGUUGUGUUCCACUUCCCUGAAAUGGCUUUCUAAACAUACAGCAUAAAUGUCAGCAGCCCAUGAUUUAUGUCAGUGCUACCGCUUGGUGUACUCACCAACAUGUGGGAAGUGACAUUAUUGUUUAGUUGAAAAAUGUGCCUUUCGAUUUCAUUUUUCAGACUGUGUUUACUUUAAAGGUAACUAUUGGACAAGUUAUUUCAGGUCACCCCCUUUUUUCUGUAGUUGUGUGUAUGAACUCUGCUUUGGUCUCUUACUGAUCCACAAACCCACUAAUUCCAUUACAUUUCCUUCAGACAUCACAGCUCCAAAUCUACGGUCCGUCACCGUCUUUGGUGAGGUAUCUGGGUUUUUGUAAAUGUCUGCUGUGUGUUUGCCUGCCUGGUCCUGGCUGUAGGCAUUAUACCAGUUCUGGCCAAACUGUGGUCUCUGGCCUUCCCGUGCACUGCUUCCGCCUGCGGUGUGGCGUGCCUCCUUCCUGUGUGUGUCAGAGGCAGUUUGGCCUGAUUUAUAGGCCCCUGACACACAGCGCUUUGGACCCCACCUCUGCUGCUGGAAUGGCUAUCCCAUGUGUUGGUGGUGGAUCCACCUGGGUGGUUCUCCACUGAUGGGGGUCAGAUGUGGCCCUGCUCACGAGCUCCAGGAGCUCGGGGGAACAUGCCCUGUAGACAGCGUGGAGAGAAAGAGCUCUCAGAAAACUGGCUUCCAGGCUGAGGAAGUUUUUACUUCAGUUAAAGCAGCAAGCUCACAGCAAAGAUUGCACAUAUCUCGAUGAUCUGUUCUUUUGAACUGAGCUCCACCUGCUUGCAACCCAACAUUAAAAAGAACAUCGAUAAGGCUUAGAUUUUGGUUAAGUUUUAACUUUACAUGUUGAUAAAGGUUAAGCUAAAAUGUUGGUCCGAGGUCACAAAUCACAAAGUUUCAAAGUUAAAAAUAUUUUGUUUUUGUAAUACAACAUCACACACACACACACAUUCAUAUAUAUAUAUAUAUAUAUAUAACAGCUUUUAAGUUUAAGUACGGCUUUAAGUAAGUUAUUUCAAGGAGGGGGUUUAACACUGACAGCUUUGUACACGCUGUUGAACAGUUUUAGCGCUGGCUCACUGAAGCGGCCACAGCAGGUGAGUGUAAGUCUGAGGGCGAGAUGGUGUCACAGUAGGUUGAGUAUAACAAAUAGAUGGCUGAAUUUAGACACACAAGGAGAACAUAAAAACCGGCCAGUGAGUUGACUGUCAUGGGUUGAUGUGGCGGCCUAUGACGUCUGUUAUCAUCUCUCUGUGUCUGAUGAAAGUCUGCUGCUCGUGUUUGGCUUUAAAAUGAUUAUAUAUGACGGAGUUAUUAAUUUAAGUGGAAUUUCAAAGAUGUAGAAACUAUUGGUCUAAAAUGGCCUGAUUUAGGUCUGGUAUUAUUGGGCCCUAAAAUGAUCAUAAAUCAUAUCAUUUUGGAGGAAACUGUUAAUAUAAAUGAAGGCAGUGUUGUUGGUUGUCGUGAAUAUGAAGGCACAGCUGUUAAGAUUAGAAGUCAGAUUCAGUGGCUUGCUCAAGCUCACUAAUGACGGUUCCUCCAUUUUACGCACUGAAGCGCCGUCCCUCGCAGUCCCCCCUCCUCUCGGCUCUCGCUGAGCCUCCGCUGUUUAAAUGGGCCAAGUUGAGAAGCGGCGGAGAGUGCAAAUCUUGUUUGGUCUGGGUCUGUGAACUUCAGCGUGACUUCAACGACAUACACAGGGGUUAAAAACAACUCUUUCCAAACUUUCAACUGUAUUAAUGUUGCGCAAAUAUUACUCAGGAAUAUCAAGCCCGAUAUGUUUGGCUUAUGUUUCUGAUUAAUGCCAUAUGCCACAUUGGUUUAAGGAACAGGAGAAAUGUACUAUUUCUUUUUUUAUUGCCUUCACUGGCUGUGAAAUUGUAUAUUGGCCAGAUUAAAGCUCCCCGGUGCUGAAUCGAUGUGCCGUUGUUGUUUUUUAUUUUUAAAGAUUGCACGGCCGAUUCUCGAUUUUGACUCUACUCAGUGAAUAUUACAACAAAAACGAAAAAGAAUCUCUUAUUUCUAAGUUCCCCAAAGGCAAAGAAAUAAGAGACACGACGUAGCUGCGAGUGGUAAUGAUCACCGUAGGUAGCAUAAUGUCCGGGGCUCAGGGCUAGCCAGCAUGUCAGGUAUUAACAGAGCGAGCGUGAUUAAAUGUGGGAGGUAGGAGCUGUGAGGCUGGCGGAGAGCGCUGCUGCCGCUGCGAGCUGGAAACUACUGAAUGGGAAUCUAUCCGGCAACUUCACCAGACCGCUGUCUCACGGCGACACGGGGGCUCUGCGUAAAACCAAGCGGCGCGUCUCCAAGUCUGGGUCAGCCCCGCUCACAGACGGAGAGGACGCUCAAGUUGGAUCGGACGAGCAGCUUUUCACUUGUUACCGGCGCUCGGCUCCCUCUAACAUGCCUGCCAUCAAAAAGGAGAGGCUGGAUGGAGACGAUAUGGCAUUGACUGCGUUCAACCAGUCCGAAUACCUGGCCCCUUUAAAUGCCACCGCGAUCCCCGUGGUGACCCCGCAUCCGCCGCCCUACGACCACAUUUUCGCCCAUCACCGCGCGUACUUGGGGCUCCACGACUCGGCGCUGCAUCACCAGCACCUCCACCAUCACACGGACGACUUAAUGCUGGAGAGGUUCUCCUCCAUCCCCGACUUUCAGCCCUUCUUCGACAACGGGGAGCCGUGCAUCGAGGUGGAGUGCGGCGAAAACAAGGCUUUGCUUUAUAUCAAUAAAUUGUGUCAAGGCAGUAAGGGACCCUCAAUUAAAUACAGGGGCGAGUGGCUUACCCCCAAUGAGUUCCAGUUUGUCAGUGGACGAGAGACUGCCAAAGAUUGGAAACGGAGUAUUAGACACAAAGGGAAAAGUCUCAAGACUCUUAUGUCCAAAGGAAUCUUACAGGUGCACCCUCCAAUCUGUGAUUGUCCUGGUUGUCGAAUUUCAUCUCCAGUGAACCGUGGGCGCUUGGCUGAGAAACGUACCAUCCCCCUGCCUCCUAACCGGGUGCCCAAGAAGGAGCUGGCCUCCAUCUUCAGCAGUGACGACAGUGAAGGCAGUGAGCGGGCCAGUGGGGAUCAUGCCCACAUCAAGCAGGAGGACGAGUUGCAUUACAGUAUCAUGAGAAAGAGUCGUGACAGUGACCUCUCUACAAUCAUCUCCAACCUGCACCACACCAGACAGCACGGCAUGCCCGAGGGCCAGUCAGCCUCUGACCACAACUCCAGCACUGGACACACAGAUGACCUUCUAGGCAAGAGGAGAAGCUUCUCUCCCAACAGCAGCAGCGAGUGUCCCUCUGACAGCAAGAAGUCACGUAGCGUAUCCCCCAAAGAGAACUCCCAGAGCCCGGUGGUGGAGGCAGGCGGCAGCCACGGCCACAUGAGCCCUGAGGAGCACUACAGGCGCAUGAUGUCAGCGCUCAGCGAGCAAGGGUCCUACGAGGAGCAACAACAACGGCUCUACCAGCUGGCGAGCAGCAUGGGUCUGCCCGGCCACGAGAACUGUCCCACCCUCCUCCCCUACUGUCCCCUCCAACUGCCCCUCACAUCGCCUUAGGACCUCACCUGCGGCCUCCUUUCCUGGGCAUGCCCUCAGCUCUUUGCCAGGCCCCUGGUUAUAGUUUCCUCCAACCAGCUCAAGCCGAGAUCUUUGCUCGGCAACAGGAGAUGUUGAGGAAGCAGAAUCUGGCCAGACUUGAGAUGUCGGCAGAGCUGCUGAGACAGAAAGAAUUGGAAAGUCUCCACCAGCGACAGCAGCAGCGUCUUCUGGGCUCUGACCAUCUGGGAGCUCUACCUCCUGGCCUUCCCCCUGACCAUCCAGCCCUGCGCAGCCUCCAUGACAUCCCAGAGGGUCACCCACUUCGUGAGGAACUGGCCCGCCGCUCAAAUGCAAUGCUGGUGCUUCGCCAUGGGGCUGCCACACCUCUCCUAACCCUCAACCACCACCACCAGCAGCAACAACCAGGGGUGUCCUCCACACCCAAAGACACCCAGGCACAGAGCUCCACUGCUGGGCCAGAUGUUGACUCCAGGAAGGCCCCCCGUAGGGGACCCCAGACACUGCUCCGUGCUGGGGAUCACACAGGAGGGAGAGAGGACAGAGGGAGAGAGGAAGACAGGGAGGUGCAGGAUGAGGAGAUGAAGGACUCGGACAGUGAGACAGAGAUGUGUGAGGAGAGGCAGGACAGUGUCAGUGCCAAGUCCAUCAGUAAACCCAGGGACAGGGAGAGAGACAGGGGUAAAGAGACUGGCAGCAAGGGAGCAUGUGACAGUGCCAAGGAGACGGGAGAGAGCUCAGGCAGACUGAGCCCCCCUGGUAGUUCAGCAGGCACCGACUCACCCAGUCGCCACCUUUUCACCCCUGGACUGGGCAAGGCUGAUGUCAAGUACCACCUGCCACCUGGGUUCAUGCCACCGCUGCCCGCUCUUCACGCCCAGUCGUUGCCCUUUGGAUUCCCCUACGCCAAUCCCUACUUUCACACGGGCUCUAUGGGAGGUCUUUUCAUGGAUGGGGAGGACUCAGCCACAACAAACCCUGUGGAGGACAUCAGCAAGUGGAGUGUAGAGGACGUGUGUGGCUUCAUAAGCAGCCUGACUGGAUGUGCUGAAUACACACAGGUGUUUCGGGAGCAGGCCAUUGAUGGAGAGACAUUACCGCUGCUCACUGAGGAGCACCUGCUCAGCACCAUGGGACUAAAGCUGGGGCCUGCGCUCAAGAUCCGCUCACAGGUGGCGCGCCGUGUUGGCAGGCUUUUCUACAUGACUGGAUUCCCGUUGGCGUUCCCGUUUCCGCCUUCUGCCGCGCUACGCCCCCCAGAACGGGAUCGGGACCCCCUGACCACGCCAUCUGACACCCCCCUGCCUCUCUCCCUGUCCCUGCCCCACAGACCAACCUCCACCAGCAGCAGCUCCUCUCCGUACAGCGGCCCCACCCCAGGGUGCUCCUCCCCCAAGCAGGAAAACGGUAACGGCUCCACAGUGGUGGGGAGAUACGAGGCCAAGACUCCUUCGUAGGAGAGGACGGGCAGGGGCGAGGAGGGCAGACCUGCCUCAAACUAACCUGACCCAGAGAGAUUGACUCCCAAGCCCCAUUUACCAGACUCCCUCCACCUCGGGACCUUUACGCUGAAAUUAAUGGGAAAAUAUUGGACUGAAAUAAAAGACGAUAUGGACCGUAUCCGACAAACCAAUCAGCUUCUGAGUUCCUCGGCAGUGGCUGUAGCCGAGCAGAAUCCAAACAAACUGGGUUGGAAGGGAGACACGUGAAGCGACAGAGGAACAGAGAAAGAGAAAACUAAGGAAAAGGAGACAGCUGGUCACAGACAGCCUGCCAAAAAAAAAAAGGAGCGAAGCCCUGCCACAAAUGCGACAUUCUUGCAAGUCAGACAGUCAGACGCUAGCGGAAACUCUUCCUUCCUUCCUGGGCUGGAGGAAGCUCUGCUCACUCGCUUUCUUUCUCUUGUCUCUAUCUCUCUGACUGCUCUCACCACAAGCCCUACAGAACCCAGGAAUUAAAAAGAGACGGCUCACCCCUUUUUUCUCUGCUUCCCUCCCCUCCCUUCUUUCCUUCUCCUCGCCUGUUUCCAGAGGCCAAACAGCAGCGUGGAGCUGUCUUUAUAGAGGCUGGAGUUGAAACAUAUGCUGAGCAGCACCACAUCUGACCAGCUCCCUCUUAUCACUGCAACUAUGCAUUCCACUGUCCCGAUACCAAAGAUGACCGGAUGUGUGGAAUUGGAACCGUGUUUCACAAUGUGUCUGCUUCUUUUUGCAUUAAUGGUCUCAGAGAAAGACUGGUCCAACAGGGAAAUGCUAGGGUAGUGCCUCACAUGAUGGUCUGUAUUUGAGGUGACACAGGCAGAGCUGUCAUUUACUGACAUACUAAUGCUUACAAAUGUUGGUGAAAUGGAGAAGCCUCAAUGGUGUGUACGGCUUACGUCAUUGUACGCUUGUGUUGACUACUGUGGGAGGUAGGAAAAACAUGCAAAAUUGUACAGAAUCAUGCUUAAGAUGAAAAUAUCCUGAAGGUUACAUACGUGGUACUUUUACUUUUUGUUAAAUGUAGUUGCACGAAUAAGGUUUUCUUUACUGAAAAAUGUGACUUGCUGAACUUUGGUGGUACUUCUGUUCAUACUGUUUUGUUCUGCCAUUUUUUUUAAAGUGUAAUAUUAAAAGACGCUCCAAUCUUGAAUGCUACUUCAGCAUAUAAAUAUGAGGAAAAAAAUAUUUAUAGGACUUUUGAUGUAGUAGAUAAAGCAGAUUAUGAUAUGUAUUAUAAUUAGCCCUUAAGAUGGAUUCCAAAGAUACUUUAACUUUGUUUUCUCUUGGUUGCAGGGAAAAGAAAGGCACAAAGCUCUUAAUGCAAAUGUUUUGAAUUUGUUAUGGAUUUUUUUUUUAAACUACGCAAGCAAUGAAUUAAAAAUGGUCUCUAGAUUUCCCUUCAAAAGUUUUGUCUUCAUCCUAUUUUUCUAUUCACCACACAGGUGAAAUAAAUCCUAAAGAAAUUCCUCUG